GAAGUAGAAAACCCCCACUUUGAUCUAAACCAUUUGAUCACAAAAAUUAGGGUUUGAAGAACUUGAGAGGAAGAAGAUCAGCACAACGAGACACGACAAUGCAGACGAAAGGAUCAGGAGAUUCUUCAGAUGAUCGUCUCCCAAAGUUCUUCAGAGUGUACUUACCUAACGACUCAGGAGACGAUCUGGAUAUACCAGUCUCUUUCAACAGAUACUUACCAACCUCUGUUCCUAAGAACUUGACGGUUAGAAGCAUCAACGGGAAAGUUUGGAAUCUGAAGCUGAAGAAACGUCGUGGAGAUCCUGAGAAAUUCUCUAUGGUUGAUGGGUGGAAGAGGAUCGUCAAGGACGAAGAUCUAAAAGGAGGAGAGUUCUUAGCUUUUGAGUUUGAUGGAUCUUGUCUCUUCGACUUCUGCAUUUACGGCCAAACCACGUGUAAAAGGCUUGGGAAACCCACAGAGGUUGAAGAUGAAGAUGAUGAUGAUGUCAUAGUUCUUGAUGAGGAUGAUGAUGAUGAUGAGGAUUAUGAUGGUGUUGAUGAUGAGGCUGCUGAAGAUGAUGUUGAUGUUGAAGCGAAUGAUGAGGAAGUGGAUGCUGAGGAUGAGGAUGAUGAUGUCGAUGAUGGUAUGGAGGAUGAUGAUGAUCAUCAUAGACAGCUUCUGGAUGAUCCGGAUAACCCUUCCUUCACUGUUAUCCUGAACCCGAAGAAAAUGAGCCAACUGCUCAUCCCAUCUCACGUUAUGAAAGACUACAACUUGAACUUCACUGACCGUAUAACUAUCAUCGACCCGCUCGUGCCUAAGUUCGGAACGUUGGAGAGGAAAAUCAAGUAUCAGGAUAACGGAAGUGUGUUCAUCAAAGGAUUUGGAAGUGUCUUCAGGAGGAACAACAUGAAGACUACUGAUAAGAUGAUAUGCGAGGUGAAGAAGAAUGCUAAUGAUGUUGCUAACAUACUCAAGGUCUACAUUGUCAGGGGAUGAUGAUCUCUCUCGGUUUAUGUCGUUUUGUGAGUCUUAGCUUGGCUUGUGUUUUGUGUUUUAUCACCAUAAUAUGUAAGGAUGCUACUAGGAUUUGGUUUCAUUAAGGCUAUGGAUUGUGUUGUGACUUUUGAAACAUGUUUUCAACUUAACUAUUGGUUAAAGACGUUUUCUA